CCACCCGUGCUGCAACCUUCUCUCUCUUCCAAUAAUAAAAAAAACACAUUUCCGCCAUGGCAAUCUUGCUGCUUUUCUUCCUCCUCAUCUUCACCUUCACUCCGCUCUCACAAUCGCAGUCUUUCCUCGGAGUAAACUACGGCCAACUCGCCGACAACCUCCCCCCGCCGCAAUCCACCGCAAAUCUCCUCAAAUCUUGCGCCUUCCAAAAGGUCCGCCUCUCCGGCUCCGACCCGGCCGCAAUUAAGUCCCUAGCCAACACCAACAUCGCCAUCACGAUCGGAGCACCCAACUCCGACAUCCCGAACCUCGCAUCCGACCCGACCUUCGCCGAAAAAUGGAUCGACGCGAACGUCGCCCCCUUCCACCCGGCCUCGAAAAUCGCCGCCAUCAACGUCGGCAACGCGGUCCUGUCGUACAACGACCGCAAUCUGAGGGCGCAGCUGCUGCCGGCGAUGCGGAAUCUGCAGGCCGCCCUCGAGUCUACCGGCCUGGCCGGGGAGAUCAAGGUUUCGACCGUCCACUCGAUGGCGGUGCUCGGGCGGUCCGACCCGCCCUCGUCGGGCAGCUUCGAUCCCGCCAUCGAGGAUCUGCUCAGCGGAGUGUUGAGCUUCAACAAUGCCACCGGGUCGGCCUUCGGGAUCAACCCGUACCCGUAUUUUGCGUACCGGAGUGACCCGAGGCCCGAGACGCUGGCGUUCUGCUUGUUUAAACCGAAUUCGGGCCGGGUUGAUUCCGGGUCCAAGAUCAAUUACACUAACAUGUUUGAUGCUCAGGUGGAUGGUGUGAGAUGGGCAUUGGACAAAAUAGGGUUCAAGGGAGUGGAGAUAGUAGUUGCGGAAACAGGGUGGCCAUACAGGGGAGACAAGGAAGAGGCCGGUGCGACCGUGGAAAAUGCCAAGGCCUACAAUGAGAACUUGAUCGCGCACCUCAGGUCUACCCUGGGGACUCCAAUGAUGCCAGGAAGAUCAGUCGAUACCUACCUUUUCUCUUUGUACGACGAAAAUCACAAGCCCGGCCCCACUUCUGAGAGAUCCUUUGGCCUCUUUAAGCCCGACUUAACCAUGGCUUAUGAUGUUGGACUUAUCCAGACUCCAUCAUCACCGAGCAAGGGAAGAUGGUGUGUGGGCAAAGCCGGUGUGGGAGAGGAUAAAAUGCAAGCGAAUUUGGACUACGCGUGCGGACAAGGCAUAGACUGCAGUCCCAUACAGCCAGGAGGAGCAUGCUUCGAGCCUGCUGCUGUCAUUGCUCAUGCCAAUUAUGCCAUGAAUCUCUUCUUUCAUAAUUCCGACAAAGAUCCUAGUGUUACAUGUGAUUUCGCACAGACAGCCACUCUGUCUUCCACAGAUCCUAGUUAUGAUAAGUGCAUCUAUCCAAGUAGCUAAGAGUGAACUAAUAAUGUUGCAUAACUAUGAAUUGAACCGAGGAUUCUCAACUUUUUUGUCAAGGGACAUUGCUUCAUUUUUUCCAUUACAAAUUUACGAAUGUUUAUACAUAUUAGAGUAAAGACCAAUUAUGGUCCUAAAUAUAUGACGUUUUUACGAUUUUA